CUUCCGGUGUGAGAGGUCACAUUCCCGGGUAAAGAUGGCGGCGCCCGAAGAGUUGUUUUGCUGGGAAGGAGACUGGGGUUUACCGUCCGUCAGCACCGACUGCCUGGUAGUUCUGGCGUAUGCGCAGUUUGCCGGAGCACCUCUCAAACUGAGGAAGAUCUCGAACCCCUGGAGGAGUCCGAGCGGAACACUUCCUGCUCUGAGGACCAAUCAGAAAGAGACUCUGUCCCGACCCUCUGACAUCAUCAUACACCUCAGAAAACAGAAGUACAACGCAGACUACGACCUGUCGGCUAAAGAGGGCGCUGACAGCCUGGCCUUCAUCUCUCUGAUGGAGGAGAGACUGAAACCUGCUCUGAUCUACGCCUUCUGGGUGGAGCCUAAGAACUACGUGGACUUGACUCGUCGCUGGUAUGCCGACCACAUGCCGUUCCCUCUCAACUUCUUCCUGCCCGGGCGGAUGCAGGGCGCUCAGCUGGAGAAACUCCGGCUGCUCCGAGGAGACGAGAGCCUGGAGGCCGGAGAGGAGGUGGAGAAGGAGGUGAGGAAGGAGGAGGGAAAGGAGGUGAGGAUGGAGGAGGGAGAGGAGGUGGAGAAGGAGCUGUACCGGGAUGCUACAGAGUGUAUGGACCUGCUGUCCCAGCGCCUCGGCUCACACAAGUUCUUCUUCGGGGAUUCGCCUUCGUCUCUGGACGCCUACGUCUUCGGUCACUUGGCUCCUAUCCUCAAGUCCAAACUGCCCAACGGGAAACUGCAGCAGCACCUGAAGUCUCUCGACAACCUGACCAACUUCUGCACCAACAUCCUGCUGCUCUACUUCCCCCGAGACGGCCGAGCAGAGAGCUCCAGCCAGAAGACGCCGGCGCCACCUGAGAGCGGAGACUUUGACCACGUCCCCAACAAGCGCAGGAAGCAGUUGAUGUCGGUGCUGGUGGCUCUGGGCGCCAUGCUGAGCUACGCCCUGCUCACCGGCAUGGUGUCCAUCCAACACGUCCACCAGGAGGCGCUGGAGGAGCCGCCGGAGCUGCAGGGCAUCGGCUCCCCCGAGGAGGAGGAGGGGGACUGAGAACAGGUGCAUCAUGGGACUCUGAGGACAGAAGGCGAGAUGGUCAGUAGGAGUAACCGGUGAUGUCUCACUCUGAUGAGUUUUUACGUCACCAAAGAGAGAGAGGAGCAUCAGGAGGCUGAAAGCGGACAGGAAGUGACCUGCUUCAUGUACAGACAUUAAAGGCUCAGUCUGCAGAUUUACUUUUAAACUGUUUAUAAAAAGAAGAACACACAUCCAUCUUUUUCCUUUGAAUAAAUUAAUUUGACUUCC